UAUACAGAAGAUUGUAGGAGUUAUGGAAGCUAGGAACAAGAUUCAUAGUGAAGAAAUUAUUAAUGAGAUUGGAGCUUACUUAGGUGAUGUUUCGACCAGAGAUAGUUUAGCCAAUGGCAAAGGAAUAUUCAAAUAUAGGGAAGAUGGAGGGCAAUAUGAAGGCGCUAUGAAGGAUGGAUGUAGACAUGGACAAGGAACUUACAGAUGGGAGAAUGGUGAUAAGUAUAUUGGAGAAUAUAAAAUGGGUCUCAGGCAUGGAAAAGGAACAUACAAAUAUCACAACGGAGAUCUCUAUGAAGGAGAAUACCAAGAUGAUCAAAAAAGUGGCUUUGGGGUCUACAAAUAUUCAGAUGGCAGUCGCUAUGAAGGAUACUGGAAAAAAGAUCUAAAGCAUGGUAAAGGUACCUACUUUUACUCUAAUGGCUAUAAAUAUAAAGGAGUUUGGAGAGAAGAUAAGAAGCAUAGAAAAGGAAUCAUGAUUAAGAAUAAAGGAUUGGAGUUCUAUGAGCCUCAAGAGUUCAAUCACGGAAAGUUGUUCUAGAUUUAGAAGCUGCAUUAAUAUACUUGAGG